AUGUUUGGUAAGAAAGCUGCUGAAAGAUUAGCUAAUCGUAGUAUCCUUAUAACUGGUGGGUCAUCAGGAAUUGGUAAAGCCGUCGCAGAAACUUUCGCUUCUGCUUCGAAUGGUCAAAUUAAAUUAAUACUUGGUGCUAGAAGACAAGAUAGAUUAACUCAAUUAUCAGAUGAAUUAAAAGCUAAAUAUCCAAAUAUUAAGAUUCAUCAUGAUUUCUUAGAUGUUACUGUUAAAUCAUCAAUUGCAAAAUUUAUCUCAAAUAUUCCACAAGAUUUCGAACCAGAUUGUCUCCUUAAUAACGCAGGUAAGGCGUUGGGAAGAAGUGAAGUCGGUAGUAUCACUGAUGAAGAUAUUUCAGGCAUGAUUGAAACAAAUAUAACUGGGCUAGUUAAUAUGACACAAGCAAUUUUGCCAAUUUUCAAGAAAAAUAAUAAAGGUGAUAUUGUCAACAUUGGGAGUGUGGCAGGACGUAUGCCUUAUGCUCAAGGAAGUGUCUACUGUGGAUCAAAAUCAUUUGUACUGUAUGUCAGAUAUCAUCGUUGUGUUUAAAAUUGUUUACUAACUUUGAUUAGGUCAUUUACUGGAGCAUUACGUAGAGAAUUAAUAAGUACUCAAAUUAGAGUUAUUGAAGUCGAUCCAGGUGCUGUCAAUACUGAAUUUUCAACAGUUAGAUUCCAUGGGGAUAAAAAUCAAGCUGAUGCAACUUAUGAAGGACAAACUCCACUUGUUGCUGAAGAUAUAGCAGAAAUCAUAGUUUUUGCUUGUACCAGAAAAGAAAACACAGUUAUAGCAGAUACAUUAGUAUUUCCUAAUGGCCAAGCUAGUCCUAUCCAUCAUUACAGAAAACCAAAAGAAUGA